AUGUCUGCAACACCACCGACAGCAAGACCCACUGCCAAAGAAGGUGUGGACAUAUACCGGAGCGAUGCAAGUGUCUCUGACAUAUUUGGUGAUCUGAAGGGUCGCAUUUUGCUCGAGGCGAUCUGGACGACCUAUCAGGCGGGGAUUCGGGGAUACAAUGUGGGGCCAGAGAAAACCCGGGUGAAGUUCUACCAAGAGAGCAACAAUGCUGCGUCUCAAGCGGGCAGGAGGUCAGGAUUUGCAGGGCAGCCCAAGAACAUUUAUAGGCAUCCUCUCAACAACCGAGCGCAAAACGGUGUUCGUGAAUGCUACAAGCAGUCAGUCAAGUUGCGAGGCAUUGUUGAAGGCGUACGUGGUGAAGCUUGGUUGACAGAGCCUGGCAUUUGUCCUAGGACAGGUGAGCGAAGUGGACCUUAUGAAGCUCUUAGCUAUGCAAGCCUGGUGGAAUCCUUUUUUGCAGCGCUUGAAGAAGAACCGGGCAACCAGAACUUGCUGAUCACGUUGAGCAAAGGCCUAGAGUGCCGCGUGUUGCACCACCGUAUCCCACCAGCAAUUGCCAAGUAUCUUAUCCAUUUGCAUAACAGGUUUCAUCAAGGAUCCUCUACAUCCUUCUGCGAGCUACUGACCAUGGUGCCAGAUGUCGACAGUGCCCUCCAAGCAUACAAAUUGCACACUGGCAUCAAGUGGGCGCAGAAGGACUAUGAGACACGAUGUGCAGAGUUCAUCAAGACACAUCCUGAAUUUGGUGAGACCUUUUCAUCAUGGACUCUCUACGAGUCAGCGCGGGGAUGUUACAAUGUCUUCGAGAAGAAGUGGCAAAUGUUGUCUGGCGCUGAAGGUGUCAUCCAGAAGCUGGGAGAGACAGUCGACUUCUUGAAUCCCAAGCUUUGCAACAGCUCAGUCCUGCAAUGUAUGCUGCAUGCAGUCAACACAGUACCACUGCUGGAGGAAAACUCUGAAUCGAAUUGGGUGAUCGACACAGUGGCCAAGAAGACCAUGAUCAGCCGCUUGCUUACCACCAUGUGUGGCAGCGUUGUCACAGCUGGAGAUCAGAAGAAAUCACGAGCUGCAGGCAAAGCAAAGGCCAAAGCCAAAUCCAAAUCAAAGGCGACGGCCAAGGCAAAGUCCAACGCUGGCAACGGAGCUUCAGGCACUGCUCACGGUGUUCAAGUACCCAACUUGCCAAAAGAGGAAGACGUAUCCAACCCCAUUGUGUCGUGUGCUGUUGGAGUCCGUCAGAAGCUUUGGUUGGACGACCUUUUGGCAUGUGUGAACCAUGUGGCAUCAAGCGUCAAGGUCAUGAGUGCAGGCAUUGAUGCAGAGCAUAUCAACAUGCUGAAGUCUACUUUGCUGCGCACAGGUUUACUCUUUGCUAUGAAGGGCUCCAUAGUUUUGGAAUCAGCCAAAGGCACAAAGACACAUAAAAAAUGGUCUACACUCCGGCCAGCACUCAAGGAGCAUGGAUUGCUUUUGCUCAUUCAGGCCUGGCUCAUAUUUCUGCAACAACAAUAUAUAGUUCACAGUCAUAUAAUGUUUUUUAGACUAUGUUAG